GUUGCGUCAAGCCUGCAAAACCCGAAAAAGAAGAUAGUAGGUAGCACAUCAACAACAGCAGAAUGGUUGUUUAACAGGGGAAAGUAAAGAACAGUUCCUGUUUGAUGAUCUUCCGUGGCACCUUUUUAAGCUAAUGAGCUCCACUGCAGAAAUGAACGCUGUAACUGGGGAGGAGAGUUCAGAUGCGCCAGUGGCUUUAGCAGCAGGAGGGGAACCACCUGGCAUCUUGACGCACCGACAGACAUCAAAUCCAGCGUGGCCUUUGCUGGAGGAAGCUGUCAAAAUGAAAAUGGAAGGAAACGCUUUCUAUAGGGAGAAGAACAUUCGCUCAGCCAUCGGCCGAUAUCACCGCGCUCUCCUGAUCCUCCGAGGCCUUGACUCUGAAGUUAUGACGUCAUUGAAACAGUUUGGAAACGGGAUGCCUGCUCUCACAGCAGAACAGGAGGCUUCACUGAGGAGCACACAAGUGGACUGUUACAACAACUUAGCUGCCUGUCUGUUGCAGAAAGAGAGCGUUGACUAUGCACGUGUGCAGGAGUACAGCUUGCGGGUGCUGCAUUUGCGACCAGGCAAUGUCAAAGCACUGUACAGGGCAGGAGUCGCCUGUUUGGAGAUGGGAGAUGCACAGGCUGCCAAACAGUACCUCGCCCAGGCUUGCAAAGCGCAACCGAAUGAUGCUAAUGUGAGGAAGCACCUGCAAAGGGCCGAGGAGAAACUGCAGAAGGAGAUCCAAAAAGAGAAGGCCUUGUAUCGGGGAAUGUUUUCCUCCAGAGAACAGGUUAACCAAACCAAUGGGGAUGGGGAUUAGCCUGUCGGCUAACUGCGCCAAACUGAAGACUGCUUUCAACUGAGUCAACUGAGCGAUCACAUACAUUCAACACGUCAUGAAUGUUACGGCGUCUCCUAUGCAUUUAUGAGCUGAACUUGGCAGCAUAUGGUUUGCAUGUUAUAAAGGAUACUGCAACAGUCAGAGGGGAGGUAAAUAUGUUGCUGCUGAAAAUAGAGACAGUACAGAUCUUAGUUUCCUAGCAACAUGGACACAGGACUCGCACACUACUCCGACUCCUGAUAAUGCUUCUGUGAUUGCAGUUGUCUGUGGUGUGAGUAUUGAUUUCCUGCAUUUUCAAGUAAAAUAUUUUUUUAUAAAUCA